UUACAAAGCAGGCAGCGGGGCUUAAUUCGACCAAAAUCAGGGGAACAUUGGGGGUCAGCAAGAGAAGAAUAAAGUCUUCUCCAGCUGGGGCCUCAGCAUCUGGUUGAUUUUCCUCUUUCACUUCCAGAAACAAAUUUUCUGAAGUAGAAAUGGCGUCCCAAAGGACCCCUGAGGGCUCCUAUCCUCCAGAUCUAACGGCUGCAGAAUCUGAAAACCUUGUUUUCACGAUUAAAGACUGGUCAAUCGCCCAUGGUCUAGCUGUGAGACCACCACCAGCUCUGGUUGCUGCCGAAGCAGAUCCUCAUGGUGUAUUGGCGACAACUGCACCAGUCACGUUAUUUCCCAGCCCGUUUCCUCGUGUAUGCUUUGAACAAGCCAGAUCUAUCCAGAAAGCAUAUAACCAACUGUAUGCUGCAAUUGCACAGGAUGAAGAAUUUUUAGGGGAGAUUGUCCAAGAAAUACUUGAAGUCGACGAGUUCAUCGCCGAGUUAUGGCAAGUCCAUUUGAAAGUUAAAGAGGAAGGCUAUGUUCAAAAUCUAUCUUUAGGGCUCUUCAGGUCUGAUUAUAUGGUCCAUCAAGGUGACACGGAUGCCGGCCCUACGAUCAAACAAGUCGAAUUUAACACCAUUGCCUCUUCUUUUGGUGGGCUAUCCGCCCAAACCUCAAAUUUACACAAGCACUUGUCCAUCAGUGAUUAUCCCUUACUCGAGAAACCAAUCUUAACGAGUGCACUGGAUCUCCCAGAAAACACAAGCACACAGUCCCUGGCUGCAGGUCUCCGUUUUGCUUUCGACACGUACAUCAAAUCAGGACCUAGCCAUGAUUGCUGCAUAAUCUUUCUUGUGCAGGAUCCCGAAAGGAAUAUCUUUGACCAACGCCAUCUCGAAUACGAGUUGAAGCAGCAUACAUCCCCUAUUCCAGUCUUCCGCUUACCUUUUGCCCAAAUACUCUCCCACACCUCUAUAGCCGAUACUCCAAAGCGCCAGCUUCUGUACCACCUACCGAGCAAUCCGUCAAAGACCUACGAAGUGGCCGUCGUAUACUUCCGUGCGGGGUACGGCCCACAAGAUUAUCCCGAUGCUUCUGCCUGGAAAGCCCGUCUGCAGAUCGAACGCUCCAACGCCAUCAAGUGCCCCACCAUCCUAACCCAGUUAGCCGGUGCAAAGAAAGUACAGCAAGUCCUCGCAACGCCAAAAGCCCCUUCCGAGCCCUCCAUCCUAGGCCGGUUCAUGGGAACUACUUCAGGGUUGGAGGAUCUCGAGAAUACAUUCACCAACAUCUUCCCCCUGGAUGACUCUCCCGCCGGGCUAGAAGCCCGCAAGAUUGCCGUCGAUCCCGAGCGCUGCAAAGGCUAUGUGCUGAAGCCUCAGCGCGAGGGCGGAGGCAACAACAUAUACCGCUCCGCGAUCCCACCCUUCCUAAAGUCUCUCCCUGAGACGCAUUGGAAAUCAUACAUAUUGAUGGAGAUCAUCACGCCGCCGCCAGUCCACAAUAUGAUCCUGCGGAACGGCGUGGUUGAGAAGGGAGGGGUGAUCUGCGAGCUGGGGAUCUAUGGGACGUGCGUCUGGGACGGGACGACGAAACAGUUGUUGCACAAUGAGGGAGCCGGUUACCUGCUCCGCACAAAGGGAGACCAGAGUGAGGAGGGAGGCGUUGCAGCUGGUUUUGGAUCGAUGGAUAGUUGCCGAUUGGUCUGAAUCUAGAGAAAAGCAUCCAAUCUAAAAUGCGGCUGGGUACGUGUACCUUGUGAGUUAGGUAGGAGACAUCCAGCUGCGGGGAUAACCGGGUCCUUAUGUUAGCCUGCUAUGCUACAUUUGGC